UGGCCAUACAUCCGCAUUAAUGUCGCUGUAUGUUCCUAUGCAAUAUAAAUGUACUGUCUAUGCCACACACUGCUUAGACAGGUGAUAGUUUUGGCCCCUCCCCCAGACAAGUGUAGUCAGAGGAUUAAAUCAGCUGUUUCCCAGGAUGAUGGAGUGGAGUCAGUCGUCCCAAGGACAGCGUGAUGCUUUCACCUGGUUUACAGGGUCUCAGCUCAGCUCUGUGAUCAGAAACGGAGUAGUCCCAGAAUGGUUUCAUGGGAUCAUUUCCAGGAAGACUGCAGAGGAGCUACUGAUGUCCAAGCCUCCGGGCUACUUCCUGAUCAGAGUCAGUGAGAGCAGGAUCGGCUACACUCUCUCAUAUCGUGCGGCAGACCGAUGCAGACAUUUCAUGAUUGAUGCAUUGGAGGAUGGCCAUUAUAUUAUCGUGGGCGAGAACAGGCCUCACCGGUUUCUGCAGGACCUGGUGGACUUUCAUCGUAGGACACCCAUCUUGCCUUUCACUGAGGUCUUGACUGUCGCUUGUGGACAAACGUCAAAUGACACGACCGAUUAUGCAGAACUACUGUUUCCACAAAGACAUCUGAACCCUAACACCAGUUUGUUAACAAACAACUCCCUGCAUCCCAGUAAGAGUCACCCAGUAUCACUGGAAGAUAUCCCACCUGCCCUUCCUUAUCGACCAAAUAACCCGAGGAACUCUACGUCUCUGUCUCCAACCAGCCAACCGAACAGACUUUAUCCUUCUUUGGAAGAUGAAAUUUCCAACACCACCACUCCAGUUCCAGCCUUGCCUGUGCCAGCUGCCAGGAAGAGAUACACAGGUGACAAUGUUCCACUCAACCAGCCUCCUGAAGUCCCUGUUCGGACCACUGUACCUCCACUGAAGCAGAACCAGGCUUGCAUCAGAACAGUCUCUGCACCUGAGAGGCCCUCCGCACCUGCAGCCAACGACCACCCACACGGUGCCAACAUCCCGCCUACAAGGAACCACGAAGCAAAGCCGUCGGUGGUCACCAACCUAAAGAACCUCAAGAAGAAAUUCCAAAAGAAGAGGAGCAUGUCACAGGAGUACGCUGAGAUUAACAUGGAGGCUGAACAGAAGAUGGAGGCAAUUGACAGGAGUGCAAAUACUGAGAAUGAGUACCAGGAGAUCACCGGGCAGCAGACCUUUGAUGGUCCACCAUUUUCCUACACUUGCACUGGUGCAAGACCAACUGAUGGAAGGUUACCCCAAGAGUACCUUCCACCUCCUCCCUUUGCUCCAGGCUACUGACAUAUAGCAGGCUCAUAAGAAAAAAUGUACAGGUGGAUUUGAUUGUAGAUAACCUGAAUUAAUGUUACAAUCAAACCAAAGAAAAUGAUCUGAACCCAAUUGGGUACCGGAGCAGGACAAAAACAGCAGAGAAAGGAAAAAACGAUGUCCAAACAUGAAUAUUGCAACCUUCCAAAAGUUUAUUAAUGCACUGUUUCAACUUUCAAGAUUCACAUGAAACUUUGCCUAAUGAAGACCUUGAAGGUCAAAACAUUGCAUCAUUAAAGCAAUAAUUACACAUAAAUAUAAGGUGAUAAAUAUAAGGAUACAGUCAGCAGCAAAAAAGCUUACAGGCUGCCAGCUGUAGCUUCAUAUUUGCUGUACAAGCAUGAGAGUGAUAUCAAUACUCUUAUUAAACUCUCAGCAUGAGAGUGAAUAAGUGUAUUUCCUAAAAUGUCAAGCUAUACCUUUAAACUUUUGGGUAGCACUAUUCAGUGUGCACCUUUUCCUUUACAUACCUAAAUCAAACCUGCCUAUGCUUGAGUAGUGGAGUUUAUACGCAGGUUUACUGUGAGUUUAUGCAAUUACACCUGUUUUGCAAUGUUAAAAGUAUAAAAUUAUAAAAGAGAUUUAACUGCUGUGAGUGUAAUUAGUUCAAGUGCAAGAAAGCUAUAUUUUUUAUUUAUUUGUUAGUUUAUUUAACAGAAAUGAUACAGAUAAACAUUGUUACAUAAGAAGUAAUGCAGCAAAUUCAGGUUAAAUGUUAAAUGUUUCUGACAUGCCUCUUUGAUAAAUGUUUUAUGUAGCAUAUAAGAUUUAACACAGCAAUGACAUGGUUAAUGUCAGCUACUGAGCAUGAGACAUACUGUGGCAUCAGAUGCAGAUCUCUUAUCAGUAAUAUAAUAGGGAAGCUGGAAAAGGGAGAAAAUGCAGAUAGCAGUCAAACUUGUUUCACGGGAAUACACACCAGUGUGACGGUGAGUCAAAUUCACCCUUACCCAGCUUCUGUACAUGUAAUGGGUAUUUCCCAACACGCAUAAUUUAAUUUUUAUUUCAAAUUGCUGUGUCGUACCUGUGUCAUGUACUUAUAAUAGCUAGAGAUGAGACUUAUGAUGGCAAUGAUAUAUCCUAUUUAUGUGAUAUAAGUAAUAUCAUUUUAGAAUGUGACCGAGCUAAUAAAGAGACUUCGACUAAUGUUCAGUCUGCAUUGGUUCCCAGUGCUGUUUUGCAGUCCUUUGUUCCAUAGCAGAUUAUUAAUAUUUCUGU